ACGCGCCUGCGCAACCCCACGACCACACGUGACGUCAGACAGCAGCAUGGCGGCCAAGGUGCAGUUAACCAAAAGGGCCGACCCUAAUGAUCUGAAGGUCAUCUUUCAAAAGUAUGCCAGUGUGGUGGAUAAGGAUGGAGAGCGGUACAUGACACCCAUUGACUUCGUGCAGAGGUAUUUGGGCCUCCACACGCAGCUCCACUUCAACCCUAAAACUGUGCAUCUGCUUGCCGGAGUGGCUGACACCACAAAAGAUGGGCUGAUCUCGUACCAGGAGUUUCUGGCCUUUGAGUCAGUGCUGUGUAUGCCUGAUGCCCUCUUCAUUGUGGCCUUCCAGCUGUUUGAUAAAACUGGAACUGGAGAUGUGUCCUUCGAGAACGUGCGAGACAUCUUCAGCCAGACGACCGUGCACCACCACAUCCCCUUCAACUGGGACUGCGAGUUCAUCCGCUUGCAUUUCGGAAAUGCCAGAAACAAGCGGCUCAGUUAUCUGGAGUUCGGACAGUUCCUGCAGGAGCUGCAGCUGGAACAUGCUCGACAGGCGUUUGUGCAGAAAGACAAGGUCAAGAGCGGCAUGAUCUCAUCCCUGGACUUCAGUGACAUCAUGUCCACCAUUAGACACCACAUGCUCACACCUUUUGUGGAGGAAAACCUCGUAUCUGCAGCAGGGGGCGGCACCUCUCACAUGGUGAGCUUCUCCUACUUCAAUGCCUUCAACUCUCUGCUUAACAACAUGGAAAUGAUCCGUAAAAUCUACAGCACUCUCGCUGGAAGUCGGAAGGACACGCUUGUCACUAAAGAGGAGUUUGUUCAUGCUGCAAACAAGUUUGGCCAAAUUACCCCAAUGGAAAUCGACAUCUUGUUCCAGCUAUCAGGACUGCACUCCCAAACAGGACGAUUGAACAUGACUGAUAUCGAGAGGAUAGCUCCACUAGAGGAAGGAUCCCUGCCAUAUAAUGUAGCUGAGGCGCAGAGACAGCAUUCGCAUGGGGAGGUUUCUCGGCCUGUGUGGCUGCAGGCUGCAGAGUCGGCCUACAGGUUCACUCUGGGCUCCAUCGCUGGAGCCACCGGUGCUACAGCCGUGUACCCUAUAGACCUGGUGAAAACCCGCAUGCAGAACCAGCGCUCCACCGGCUCCUUCGUAGGAGAGCUCAUGUACAAGAACAGCUUCGACUGCGCCAAGAAAGUCCUGCGAUACGAGGGAUUCUUUGGCUUUUAUAGAGGUCUUCUUCCGCAGCUCAUUGGAGUGGCUCCAGAAAAAGCCAUCAAGCUCACUGUGAAUGACUUUGUGAGGGACAAAUUUACUACAAAUGAUGAUACGAUACCUUUGGCUGCUGAGAUUCUUGCCGGUGGAUGUGCUGGUGGUUCGCAGGUUAUCUUCACCAACCCUCUGGAGAUCGUCAAGAUUCGUCUGCAGGUUGCUGGUGAAAUCACGACAGGCCCCAGAGUGAGCGCGCUCAGUGUGAUUCGAGACCUCGGCUUCUUCGGCCUCUACAAGGGCGCCAAGGCUUGUUUCCUCCGAGAUAUUCCCUUCUCUGCCAUCUAUUUCCCUGUUUAUGCUCACACGAAGGCUUUGCUGGCGGAUGAGGAUGGCAGACUAGGAGCUCUGCAGCUGCUGAGCGCUGGUGCCAUCGCAGGUGUUCCUGCCGCCUCAUUGGUCACUCCUGCCGAUGUCAUCAAAACACGACUGCAAGUGGCCGCCCGUGCGGGUCAGACCACGUACAAUGGAGUGAUCGACUGCUUCAGGAAGAUUAUGAAGGAGGAAGGCUUCCGAGCGCUGUGGAAGGGAGCUGGAGCUCGUGUUUUCCGCUCGUCUCCUCAGUUCGCUGUGACUCUGCUGACCUACGAGCUCCUGCAGCGAUGGUUAUACGUUGACUUCGGAGGACAUCGUCCUGCUGGUUCUGAACCAACACCCAAAUCUCGGAUCUCUGAGCUUCCUCCGGUCAGCUCUGAGCAUGUCGGUGGUUACCGUCUGGCAGCCGCCACAUUUGCCGGCGUGGAGAACAAGUUCGGACUUCACCUGCCCAAGUUCAAAUCCUCCGGCAUCUCAACCAUCCAUCCCGAAACACCCAAGGAAACAGCCGGCGCUUCCUAAAACAACUCCUGCUCCGCUCUCCAUGGCCUUGUCCUCCAGUGGCUGCAUGCCUCCAUCUCACAGUACAUCUGCCUACACUCUUCACUCUUUCAUUUCUUUCAGUUUCCAGGUGGGGGACAUGGGGAAAUUCAGCUCAUUUUCAGGGUAACCCUCAUCAGUGCCUCGGUUUUGAUGAAGAACACUGGUCACAGGUCAUAGUUAGUGUGUUUUCUGAAGCACAGGGUAGAUUUGCCACACUGAUCAAGACCUAAAGCGACACACGCGCUCAGUGUAUUAUCAAACAAGGGCUCUAGAGAAGUUCAGCAGCCACUGGCUAAUGCUAAAACACCUAACAUGAAACACUCCUGAGAGAAAAGCCUAGUGUUGGUUUUUUUUUGUUGUUGCUCUGCUCCCCGAGACGCACAUCUUGCUGCUUUUUGAGUUUUAUCCUGAUGAUUAUGAUGUAUUGAUGUGACCUAAGCAUGCUGUUAGCGCUCUUCAUUUGGCUUUGCGUAGCUUGCACAUGUACUGUAUAUACAUGUACAUCUCAAUCCACAGAGAGUCUCGCUCUCUGCGUCACACUGAGCGAUGUACAGAGGUUUCAAAACUUGAUCCACUGAUCCCCAAAACAAAGUCAUGAUUGGUUUGAAACGUAGGAAAUAAUUUAAAUGCAUUCGUUCUUGUAUUUUAUGGAAAAUAAAUCAAUACUGUUAAAUUUUA